UUUUCAGUUUUCCAUCCCUUCCCUCAUCGUUCUCUCUCUUUCUCCUCUUUUUAUCUGUACUUUCCUCCUUGUCGGCACAAACAUCUCUCUGUUUUUCUUAUUUCUUAUUUUUUUUGGGGUUCUGUAAUUUGAAGAGCGAGUUUUGGAUCCAUAUCGGCAUUCCGUAUAUCGUUGUAGAUUUAGUUUUUUUUGUUUUGCAUUUUGUUGUAAUGGUCAAUGCUGCCGGAUUUUCAUCUAAAUUAGGGUUCCGAUUCUUGGUCUGCGAUUGGAGUUUUGGAGGCUAGAACCAAAAGGAUGUAGUUGAGAUUUGGUUGAUUUUUGGGCUCUUGUGUAGACAUUUUUUGUGUAGUUUUUUUUGCUUCUAGAUUGGAAUUUCUCGGAGUUGAAGGCGGAGGUUCUUGCUUUUCCUUCAAAUUGAUGAUUGAAACGUCUUAGUUUUUGUUGGUGGGAUUCGGUGGAUUACCGGAAAAGGGAACGUUUUUUCAUCCGGAGGGCAUGUUAAUUUGGGAAAUCUGUCAAGGAUUUCCUUUUUUGGGGGGAAGGAGGUAAUUGUGGAUUUGGUGGUGGGUUAUGGGAUUACUAGCAAAAUAAGGGUGAAUUGGGCAUUAAUCUGGGUGUUAUAUCUUUAUCUUGUGUUGAAUUGAGCUGGUGGAUAAGAAUUUGAAGAUGGAUCAUGUAGUUGGUAGCAAGUUCAAGCUGGGGAGGAAGAUCGGGAGUGGGUCCUUUGGGGAGCUCUAUUUGGGUGUAAAUGUACAAACUGGGGAAGAAGUUGCUGUUAAGUUGGAACCUGUGAAAACCAAGCAUCCACAGCUUCAUUAUGAGUCAAAGUUGUACAUGCUUCUUCAAGGAGGAACUGGAAUCCCCCACCUCAAAUGGUUUGGUGUUGAGGGUGAAUACAGUAUAAUGGUUAUUGACCUUCUUGGACCAAGUUUGGAAGAUUUGUUCAACUACUGCAGCAGAAAAUUUUCGUUGAAAACAGUAUUGAUGCUUGCAGAUCAAUUAAUUAACAGAGUGGAAUACAUGCACUCAAGGGGUUUUCUUCACCGUGAUAUAAAGCCUGACAACUUCUUGAUGGGCCUGGGGCGCAAAGCAAACCAGGUAUACAUUAUUGAUUAUGGCCUUGCAAAGAAGUAUAGGGAUCUUCAGACACACAAGCAUAUCCCAUACAGGGAAAACAAGAACCUGACGGGCACAGCUCGCUACGCAAGUGUCAACACUCAUCUUGGAGUUGAGCAAAGCAGAAGGGAUGAUCUGGAAUCUCUUGGUUAUGUGCUUAUGUACUUCCUAAGAGGAAGCCUUCCCUGGCAGGGAUUAAAAGCUGGUACAAAGAAGCAAAAGUAUGAUAAGAUCAGUGAAAAGAAAGUUUCAACUCCUAUAGAGGUGCUUUGUAAAUCAUACCCAACUGAGUUUUAUUCGUACUUCCAUUACUGUCGAUCAUUGAGGUUUGAAGACAAACCAGACUAUUCAUAUCUGAAAAGGCUUUUUAGAGAUCUUUUUAUUCGAGAAGGUUAUCAGUUCGACUAUGUAUUUGACUGGACUGUGUUGAAGUACCCUCAGAUUGGUGGCAGCUCUAGGGGACGGCACUCCAGCGGGAAACCAGGUUUAAUUGCUGGUCCAUCUGCAGAGAAACCAGAACGGAUUUCAGUUGGGAAAGAGAUCCGGGACAGAUUCUCGGGUGCAGUUGAAGCAUUUUCCAGAAGGAAUACAGCUAGUCCUACUCCACGUGGUGAUUUAUCCAAACACAGGACGUCAGAGAACCAACCUGAUACAGAGAAAGGACGCGGUUCUCGAUAUGGCAGCAGUUCAAGAAGAGCUGUCCACUCAAGCAGCCGGCCUAGUUCCUCUGGUGAACCCAGUGAAUCUCGCUCUAGCCGAUUACUCUCAAGCAGUGGCCGUCUGUCUACCACACAUAGAGUCCCUGGAUAUGAGUCGAAGACAUCUUCCUAUACUCGUGGUACAACUGCGAAAGGCGCAAGGGAGGAUCCUCUUCGUAGCUUCGAGCUCCUGUCACUCAGGAAGUAGUUGGAAACUUGGAAUGAUUUGUUGGUAAAAAAAUAUUCCUAAUGCGUUAAACAGAAAUACGCUCGGUGAAAAUAGUGGGGAGUUCAUAAGCUCAUCACUAUUGUAUGUGGGAUUACAACUUAAUGACUCACAGGACAUUUCCAUUAUCUUGCCAUGUAAACAAUGUCUCUCCCACCUCAUUUCUUUUUUCUGCCUUUUAGAAGUUUAUGAACAUCCUUUAGAUGCGUCCAAGAAACUAAGAACGAAAAAAAAAAGUACCGGAAUUUUUACUUGUACUUGAGAAGUGAGUUGUGUAAUAAGUUGUAUUUGCUUGUGUUAAUAUUGGUGAUCGAAUGC